GCUGUUUUUUGAACAUGGAGGGCGUGUGCGAUAGUGAUGCCCUUAUUAGCGCAAUUAAAACGCAAGAACUUAUUUGGAACUAUAAACUUAAGGAACACAGCGACAAAAUAAAGAAGAACAAUGCAUGGGCAAUUAUUUGUGCCCAAGUAAUUGAGAACUUUGAUGAAAAACCAGUUGAAGAAAAAAAUCAAAUCGCCAUGUUAAUACAGAAAAAAUGGAAAACAUUAAGAGAUGGAUACACCAGAUAUGCUAAAAAAAUUAAACCAAAGAGUGGUUCAGCAGCCCUCAACAUUCGGCCAUAUGCAUAUUAUCAGCAGAUGUCUUUUUUAAAGGCAAUAAUAGAAGAUAGACCCGACAAAACAAAUAGUUUACAAGAGAGUGAGCACACUGAAAUUACGUCCGGAGAAACCGAAAAUGGUCAAAAUAAAAUACCCAGAGAAAGAAACAAAAGAAAAUUAACUACUAAAAUCACAGAUGAGAACGUCUUAAUUGAAAAAUUAUCCAAACGUUUAGAUGAAAAAACGCAGAAUUCGCGCAUUGAUAAUGAAGAUGAAGAUAAAUUGUUUUUACUAUCAUUAGUUGGCGAAUUCAAAAAAAUUAAUGAGCAUUAUAAAUUAGAUGCUAAGACCGAAAUACUUAACGUAGUGAAAUACUUUAAAGGGAUGACAAAUCACACAUAUCCUUCGAGUUAUGGUGACAGGGGAUAUUCAUCGUUUAAUGAUUAUCGUGGACCAUGGGGUUAUAAUACUGGCCCCUCUACCUCUACAUCAGUGCCUGGUCCCUCUAGAUCAGCAACCGGCCCCUCUACAUCAAUGGCUGAUGACCAAAAUUCUCAAUUUGAAGACCUUUCAUCAUGUUCUGUAAUGUCCGAUGAUGUAAUUUCCAAUAUUUUUAAUGAAUAAAAAUUUUAAUAAUUACUA